UUUUAUUUUUUUUUCUUUUCCUUAAUACACUUUCAGUGAGACAUUUGAACAAACAGUUUGUUAGCAAAUUGAGAAAUCUCAUAAACAACUUACCAAUUCAAUGGUAUGUUGAGUGUAUAUAUAUACUUCGAUUAGCUGUGCAGAACAGUUUAGCGGAGCGGCGGAUGCAAAACCCAUAAAAAAUUGGGAAAAAAUCGGAAGAAAAAGAUGUCUGAAGUGGAGAAAUUGUUGUCUAUGAAUAGGAAAGCUGCAGAUCGUUAUCUGAAGAGAGAAGUACUUGGUGAAGGUACUUAUGGUGUUGUUUACAAGGCUAUUGAUACGAAGAGUGGCCAGGUUGUUGCUAUCAAGAAAAUUCGUCUUGGGAAACAGAAGGAAGGGGUGAAUUUUACUGCUCUGAGGGAAAUCAAAUUAUUGAAAGAGCUGAAGGAUCCCAGCGUUAUCGAAUUGAUUGAGUGCUUCCCACACAAAGGAAACUUGCAUCUUGUGUUUGAGUUCAUGGAGACAGAUCUUGAGGCUGUGAUUCGUGAUAGGAAUAUCUUCCUCUCACCUGCGGAUAUAAAAUCUUAUAUCCAGAUGACAUUAAAAGGUCUUGCUUUUUGUCACAAGAAAUGGGUCUUGCAUAGAGAUAUGAAACCAAACAAUUUACUGAUUGGGCCUGAUGGGCAGCUUAAGCUUGCUGACUUUGGAUUAGCACGUAUAUUUGGUAGCCCUGACAGAAGAUUCACACAUCAGGUUUUUGCCCGGUGGUACAGAGCACCGGAGUUAUUGUUUGGUGCGAAGCAGUAUGGACCUGGAGUAGAUGUUUGGGCCGCUGCAUGUAUCUUUGCAGAGCUUCUCCUGCGGCGACCAUUUCUGCAGGGAAACAGUGAUAUUGAUCAGCUAGGGAAGAUUUUUGCGGCCUUUGGGACCCCAAAGCCUUCACAGUGGCAUGAUAUGGUCUACUUGCCGGAUUAUGUUGAGUACCAAUAUGUCCCUGGACAGCCAUUCAAAACACUGUUUCCAACUGCUACUGAUGAUUGCCUGGAUCUUCUGUCAAAGAUGUUUACUUACGAUCCAAAAGCUAGGAUCUCAGCGCAGCAAGCAUUGGAGCAUCGGUACUUCUCAUCAGGACCUCCACCUACGGAACCAGCUCUGCUUCCAAGACCUCCCCCUAAGCGAGAGCCUGGAAAUCCUAAGGUGUCAGAUCUUAAUCCACAUGAUGGUCCUGUGGUAUUGUCUCCACCAAGAAAGUCAAGAAGAGUAAUGCCUCAUCGCGAAGGAUUCGAGGCAAAUAUGCAUCCAGAAAAGAUGGAUGACCAUGAAAAUGAGAUCCAACAGGCUGCUGGUGAGAGGAGUGAACAAGUACCCAUGUCACUGGAUUUCUCAGUCUUUGGAAUGAAACCACCUACUAGACCGACCAUUAACAGCGCUGACAGAACGCAUUUGAAGAGGAAAUUAGAUCUGGAAUUCCAACCCGAAGAGGAAUAACAUAUCUUUCUGAUUAUUUUUUUUCAUCUGGAUGAAGGCUGCUAUAUAGUUUAAGGCCAUAAUUUUGGUGAACAAGGAGAAGAGUCUUUAUUUCAGGUAUACCGGUGGUACAUUAUUGCAUCGAAUGUGCCCUCCUUUACUUUGUUUUGUGCGAUGAUUGCCAAUAUAACGAUUGAUCUUGGAGAAGUACAUUGUUGAACCAUGGCAAUUAAGUUUACCUAGUUCAUUCUUUAUCGUCGAGAGGAUGUAAUUGUAAUGCGGGUAUACCCAGUCUAGCAUUCAUAUAAACUCAAUUUUUUUAUAUGCUUUUUGUAGAGAGACAUAAUUGAUAUUCGUCUGUUCGAGUUUAUAUCAAACUUGAGUUUGUAAGACAAUGCAUUGCUUUUGGAAUUGCUAGUUUUAAUUUGGUGGAUAUUGUCUAUGUAGAGAAAUCUUGAAUUUUUUA